AGGAAAUUAUGACAAAUUUGAAGUGAGAGAAAUUAAAUAUGUUUUUAACACUGCAAGUCUCAAUUUAUCUUUUAACUGGUUUUAGGAGUUCACACCUACAUACAGUUUCAGAUUUGCAAACACAGUUGACAUUCUUAGGGUAAGAACUGCCACAUUAUGGCAGGAAAUUAUCGAUGUCAAAUAAUGAAUUCAUUUUGCCUAUUAUAAUGACAAAAGUAAUAUAGAUACGGAACAUCUGGCGCAUAGAAACAACGUUUUCACGUCUAAAUUGACAAAUGUAAGAGAUAUUUAAAACGAUUCAGAAGCACAUAUUGGGAAUUAACGCGUCUGGACUUUUGGCAACAAAUAGCCUCCAUAAAAAAGUACGCAAAUGGUCAAACGUGUCUGAUCUCACCAAAACAAAACUGAUAUUGAUGCAAAAGUGAAGAAGAAAAAAAAGUUUUGACUUUCAACAUUAACAUUUUCUUUGGAAAAAUAUCAAUUUUUGACGGAAUACUCGGAUAACGGAUUGCUAUAGUUCUUAUAAAAAUGACACGUGUGAAAGGAAUACAUGCUUUAUUGGCGAUUUGUGGAGCAAGUUUAGUCCUCAUUAUCUGUAAAUACGAAUUCGUCAACAAACAAUCAGCUCUUCUUAUUAUGCCAACAAAAGAACCAAAAAAGAACUCCGUCUCGACACUCACAAAACUAGAUUUCAAUAGUACGAAUAUGAUGCUACAUUUUGCAUCCCAAGCAAAGAGAUACUUUGUUGAAAUUGCUCAAGAUAUGAAAACCACGUCUAUGCAGAACUACAUGAAUAGUACUUUGUCGGACGUAAGCGCCUUAUUGGAAGAAAGGAUCGGUUGCCGAUUAACGAGGCAAUUCAAAAGGAACUAAUACAAAGGUAUCGCGACAAAGGAUUUGGCCAUUUUGCCGAGUUUGUUCUCAAAAGAUGUGAAGGUUUGAAGGAACUGUCUGCAAACGAUUCUGGGAUAAUGGAAACGUUAUCAAAUGUGUGCAAGAAGCUUCUUAAACUGCAGACUGAACUCGCAAGGGCGAUCCUAGAAGAACAAAUCAGACAUCAGACGGGUAACGAAUGGAGAAUAAAGAUGUCACGUGAGCUGCAGAGUGAGGUCCAAUAUCAUCUGAAUCAAUAUAAGGAAUCUCCCCAAUGUAACUCAUCUAGAAUUUUGACGUGUCUGCAUGUGUUCUGGACACCUAUAGGAAGUUUUAUACACAGAACCCUUAGUUGUUUGGUAGCUGCUCUUUCCUCACAGAGAGCAUUGGUCAUGGAUGCAAAGGACCCUACAUUUAUUCCGACGAAUUGGGGAAGUUAUAUGAAUUUAAAACAUAGGCAUCAUUGGCCUUGUUCGAUAUCAAAUUCAAUGAAUAUAAACAAUGAGAAAGACCUUGCAAAGUAUUCUUCAUUUGAAGAACUGACGAUGCCCGCAUCUGGAAAUUCAAUUACGAAUCCAACGGAAAUUCCAAAUCAUUUGGCCAAGAAAUUGUUUUCCUUCAACAAACAUCCGUCAGCUUGGUGGAUAGGAGUAAUGGCUGAAUACGUCAUGCUGGGGAAAGAUAAACUUUCGAGAAUAUUUCAGGACGCAAUUCAGACAAUGUCGUUCACAUCCCCAGUUGUCGGGGUGCACGUAAGAAGAACGGACAAGAUUGGUCCAGAGGCGAGGUUCCAUGCAUUAGAAGAGUACAUGAUCAAUGUGGCUGAUUGGUACAAUGCAUACGAGGCAGUUCACGGCCAUGUUGAGCGCAAGGUGUAUUUGGCGUCGGACAACGUCGAAGUUAUUUUCGAAGCCGAGCAAAAAUACCCAGAGUAUGUGUUUAUGUUCAACAAAACCACAACAAAGCAAUCCACGAAUGUUAAAACUCGAACGUCAAAAUUGGCAAUGGAUGCAAUUGUUCGCGACACUGUUUUGUUGUCAAGAUGCGACUUUCUCGUGUGUACCAUGAGUUCUAAUAUAUGUCGAUUGGCGUACGAACUCAUGCACGUACAAACAGGGGAUGCUUUCGACAGAGCAGUUUCCGUAGAUGUGGACUGGUUUUAUUAUUUACACUUAUCAAGAAUAUAUACUGCUAUGAUGCCCCAUAGUUAUCCAGUGCAUAUGGAAAUAAGUUUUAAGGUCGGUGACGUCAUCAUAACAAACACCUUCAAGCAGAGUCAAGUUCAAGAAAAGGGGUUUAUUAUAGGAAAGAAUAGAAGAACCGGACAGACGGGAUUAGUGCCAAAAUAUAAAAUUGUUGAAGUCUUUAUACAAAAACAAUACACGCAUCAAUAAAUGUUACCAUGGAGAUUUUCAAUGUUGGAUGUUAAAAGUUAAAUCACUGACUUUUCGUUUCGUUCCCGUGCUUACCUUUGCUCACAACGUGGAUAAUAUUCAACAAAAUUAAUAUGACAAAGACUUGUGUUUUCUUGUAUAUUUAUUUAUCUAAUUGAAUUUACUAAUCAUCGAUCCGUUUACAAAAGAAGCAAUGACUUAUUCCGGACAGGGACAAAAAGACCUCGCUUGAAAAUACAAAAGUGUGUGAAGUCGAUAUCAAAAUCACAAUGUUAAAUAUUACAUUUUUAUCAAGACAAUGAUUACAAGUAUUUUAAUUAAAAUGAAAUAUCUUAUUUGUUUAAUAUUUUAAAGCUGCACUCUCACAGAUUUACCAUUCUUACAACUUUUUUUUAUUUUUUUUUGUAUUGAAAAAAGCACAUUUUUGCGAAUAUAUCAGCAAACUAAUGAUACAAGAUUGCAGAAAACAAUCAGAUUGUAGAUUAUUAUAUUUCCGUUCGAAAAUUAAUGUUUUAUAGCUUUAACCGUAACUAACGGUUUAAGAAAAAUGCAUAAAACAUAUUUUUUUUAACCUAAAUAUAAAAAUCUCCGAUCUGAUUUUCAAUAUAGCAUUACCAUGUUAAUGUAUAACCAUGCAUGUAAAUUUGUUACAAUUUAAAUGAAUAUGUUCUGUAUAGGAGAAAAUAUUCUGAGUUGGGUUUAGUUGACACGUGUACGCGUUUUAUGCUGUUUAACAAUACAUCAUUGGCUUGAUCCCAAUAACGCUUUCACUGGCACCGGAGUUUCAAACUCAAUUAUGUUUUAAAUAAAAAAAUCUUAUAAUUUUAACCACAAAAAUUACAAUGCCAGA